ACAGGGUGCACGACACACAAAUAAGUAAGGAAUAAGCAGCAGGUCGUACGGAUAAGUGAGUCAUUCUGUGAUUCAUUCGCUGGCUGUCGACCUGUCAUGAAGCGGAGGCUGCGUGGGAGCAGCCAAGAUCCUCCUUAUGCCUUGUCUCGGAAUGCCUCUGCCACCGCAGCCGUCGUGGUGGUGGCCCUCUCAUGUUUGUGGAGCACGACCCGGGCGUUCCACAUGCCAUCAACCUCUAGGCCGUUCUCCCGGUCGCUUCAUCGCAGCGUCGCUCGCAUCAGACCGCAAGGUUCCAGCCUGAUGGCAAAGAGAGAUGCACCGGGAGGCGGCGAUGUUUUGGUCAUUGGAGGGGGCCUGGCGGGCUUGUCGACUGCACUGGAGCUUUCCCAACGCGGAGCCAAGGUAGUGGUCGUGAGUAGGGACGAAGCUGAAUCGGCCAGCAUGGCAGCGGGGGGCAUGCUGGCUCCUCAGGCGGAACGCCUAGAAGCCGGUCCGUACCUGGAUUUGUGCUUGCAAAGCCGCGACAUGUACAGCGAGUGGGCCGCAGAUCUGGAGCAAUGGUCGGGUGGGAUCUCCACUGGGUUCGCCGCCGCAGGGGGGUUUUUAGCACCUGCCUUCACGGGCGAUCAGGUGGAUGGUUGGGUGCCCCCCCCGGGGGCAGGGCCGGCCUACCGUUUAGAUGGGCCGCAAAUCCGAGGCAUGGAGCCAGCCUUGUCGCCGCACGUGACCGGGGGCUGGUGGUACCCCGAGGACAUGCAAGUGGACGCCCGUCGUCUCUUUCGCGCACUCCGGGAGGCGUGCCUGCGGGCGGGCGUCAGUGUCUUGGAGGGGUCCGAAUGGGCGGUGGAGGCCCUGGUCUUCCAUCCCGCCUUGCCAGCCGUCCAGGCGGUCAAAAUGAGCGACGGGCGCCGGCUUUCGUUCGCACAGGUCGUGGUUGCGAACGGUGCGUGGAUGAACCGCCUGUUGCCCGUGCCGGUGGGCCCUGUGAAAGGGCAAAUGCUCUCAUUGCGCCCGAAAAAGGGCGAACCCAACCCCUUGACCCGGGUCAUCUUCGCGGAGAAUUGCUACUUGAUUCCCAAGGCGGAUGGCCGCCUCAUCGUAGGCGCCACCGUGGAGGCAGGGCAGUGGGAUCGGGGGGUAACGGCGAAGGGUAUCCACGACUUGACCCAACGGGCCUUGCAAAUCUGCCCGGCGUUGGGGAACUUGGAACUGGAAGAGACAUGGGCCGGUCUGCGCCCUACCACCCCCGACACCCUCCCUGUGCUGGGAAGCACGCCCUGGGAGAACCUCUUCGUGGCUGGAGGGUAUUGGCGGAACGGCGUCUUGCUGGCGCCCCGUACGGGCCAGCUGGUGGCUGAUUGUGUGGAGGGGAAGGUGGGUGCCGACGAUGCGGCCCUCCUUUCCCACUUUGCAUGGAGCCGGUUUUUGCCUUCCCGAGUCGGAGAAGCCCGGCAAGGAAGCAAAAAGUCAGCUGCGACCGUGGCCGCCGACGCGACAGUGGGGGAUAAAAGGAGCGCUGAAUCCAUGUCUCUUUCGAAGCCGCCUCGUGGAGCGACAAGUCCUGCGGCAGACACCAGCGCCGGGGGACCAACGCCGUCUUCUCCUACCGCCCCCGCAGAUACAGUCACUCACCAUGACGACCCGUACGUGGACUAUGCUCAGUUGAAGGC